GGUUUGAAGACUUUUGCUAAUUAUUUAAAAAGAAAAGAAAAAAAAAAAAGAAAGAAUUGCUUGUUUGUCACCUGAUCUGGAAAGGCUGAAUGGAAAACCAAUUCUUUCUGAAUGGUGGCAUGUCCCAUCACCAGCACCAUCCAAUUCAUCAGUUUGAAACCGCUUCAAUGCAAACAACAUGGCGUCAUCAUUCGUCAUCAUCAUCAUCCAUGGAAAUUCAUCAACAAAAUAAUGUUGCAAAUUGCUCACCUGAGAAUAAUAAUCACCAAAAUCAAGAUUCCUUCUACAACAACAACAACACUGAUCAUAACAACCUUCAAUUUGACUCCUCAGCUUUGAGCUCAAUGGUUUCAUCUCCAUCAACAGCAGCACCGAAUUUCAACAUGAUCCAAAACGACAACAGUUUCGUCAUAAGAGAACUCAUCGGAAAAUUAGGAACAAUUGGAGGAAGCUCCGCUGAGAUCUCGCCACAUUCUCAAACCGUCGCUCUUUACAACAACAAUAACACUACUCCUUCUUCGUCGUGUUAUAGCACGCCGUUGAACUCUCCUCCGAAGCUCAACAUGCCGAAACCGCCGCCACCGUCAUCAUCAAUGGCUCUGAAUUCAGCAACCGUCGCUGAAUUCUCAGCUGAUCCUGGUUUCGCUGAAAGAGCCGCCAAGUUCUCUUGCUUCGGAAGCAGAAGCUUCAAUGGAAGAACAACCACAACAACAACAACCACUACUACUUCUCCAUUAGUCAUGAUAAACAAUCACAACAACAACAAUGGCGCAGAGUUGACUCAUCAGAGAUCUAAUCCAAUUCAUCGAGUCUCGAGUAGUCCAUCGCUGAAAUCGCUUGGAUCUCAAAUGGAGAAGAUUUGUUCUUCUCCUUUAGAAAUGGCUGCGAAUUCUUCUCAAGAGGAAUCUACAAUUUCAGAGCAGAAUCCAAAUGUGGAAGGUGCUGCUUUGAAAAUCGCUUCUUCUUCUGACAUGAGUUCAAGGAAAAGGAAAGGUUCUUCCAGAGCAAAAGCCAAAGACUCUACCAAGGGAGGUGAAGGUAGUGAAGAGUCAAAUGCAAAGAGGAGCAAGGGAAAUGAAGGUGAAGGAAAUGAGAAUAAUGGGAGAGUGAAGGUAGAAGAAGAAUCCAAAGGAGAAGAGAAACAACAACAGAACAACAAGAGUAACAACUCAAAGCCUCCAGAGCCACCAAAGGACUACAUUCAUGUCAGAGCCAGAAGAGGCCAAGCCACUGACAGCCACAGUCUUGCAGAACGUGUAAGGAGAGAGAAAAUUAGUGAGAGAAUGAAGCUUCUCCAAGAUCUUGUACCAGGCUGCAAUAAGGUCACUGGCAAAGCACUUAUGCUUGAUGAAAUCAUAAACUAUGUUCAGUCAUUGCAGCGCCAAGUUGAGUUCCUGUCUAUGAAAUUGGCUUCUGUUAACACAAGAAUGGAUCUUAGCAUUGAGAACAUUGUUCCAAAAGAUAUAUUUCAAUCAAAUCAUUCAUUGGCACACCCAAUUUUCCCAAUAGAUUCGUCAGCAACACCCUUUUAUGGCCACCAAUCCCAGCAAAACCCAGUUAUCCACAAUAACAUUCCUAAUGGUUCUUUGCCCCACAAUUCAGUGGACCCAUUAGAUUCUGCUUUGUGCCAAACUCUUGGCAUGCAAUUACCUCAACUAAAUGCCUUUAAUGAAAUUGGAUCUCAGUAUCCAUUAACUUUCUGUGAGGAUGACCUCCACACCAUUGUUCAAAUGGGAUUUGGCCAAACUUCAAACAGGACAACACCAAUUCAUUCCCCAAGUUUCGACGGUUCAAAUCAAGUAUCACAAAUGAAAGUUGAGCUCUAAUCUCCAUUCAUUGCGCCUGAAUUCAAGCCCAGAGGAAUAGGAAGACUGCUGUAUGCAACUAAAGAGAUUUUUAUUUUCCAACAACCCCUGAAUUA